AACAACAAAACAGACCGAAAGGGUGUUAGCGUAGUUAGCCCCUCGCUAUAAACAAGAGCCGAUCCGGCCCCUUUUGAUACAUCUCCCGGGGGUGGAUGUGAGGAUAUUAAACCUAUUUUACGAGUAGCAAUGUCGUUAAUAUGCAUCAUCCUGGCUGUCAUUAAUCCAGGGCUAGCCGAGUCGAGCUAGUGAUGCUAAGUUAGCUCUAUGUAUGCCAAACCAAUACAGCUUAGCUAGCUUGGGAGCUAGCACACUCGCCUUAGGUAAGGCGGAGAGCCAGAACAGGGAGAUGCGGGUAAAGAGAGAGUGGCCUUGAAAGACUAAAUGAGCAAGACGGUCGGAGGACAGUGGCAACAUGAAGUUGUAUGUGUUCCAGGUUAACAAUGGCAGCACGCUGACAUUCGACACUGAUCUUGCUGUCCAAACUGUCGUGGAGCUGAAACAUGCCAUCCAAGCAAAGUAUAAGAUUGCCAUUCAACAUCAAGUCCUUGUUGUCAAUGGAGGGGAAUGUAUGGCUGCGGAGAGGCGGGUCUGCAGCUACAGUGCUGGCACUGAAACAAACCCCAUAUUCCUGUUCAACAAAGAGAUGAUCUUGUCUGACCGGGAUCCCACCAUCCCCAAAACCACCUUCUCCAUUGAGAGUGAGAUUCAGGUGAAGGUGGAAGAGUCGCUUCUGAUGCCAGCUGUCUUUCACACCGUUGCCUCUCGAACACAACUUGCUCUGGAAAUGUUUGAAGUUGCCAACAAACUUAGCUCGUUCUGUGAACGUUUGGUUCAUGAUGAACACCUCCAGCACCAAGGCUGGGCCGCCAUCAUGGCAAACCUGGACGACUGCUCCAUGUCCUAUCAGAAGCUUCUUAUGAAAUUUGACUCUGCGUACGCCUCGUAUCAGCACGACUUGGAAGAAAUUAAGUUCAAACUGACUAGGCUGGGUACAGCAGUUUCUGUGAUGGCCAGGAUACCCCUGCUGGAAUGCUUGACAAGACAAAGUCACAGAGAGAACUUAAAGAAGUCCGCCUCCACUCCAGAUAAAGAUUCGAUUGAGACCGAAGAAGAAAAAUCUACAGACUCCGUGCUGUGUGCCACAGAUGCUCAGGGGGCUCGCAAGGUACCAGGUUGCACCGCGUCGGAGAAGCACGGAGGGGCUGGUAACCAGGACAGAAAUCCAUUGUUGGACAGCUGUGGGCUGAGAGCUGCCCUUCUGGACGAAUGUACUGCAGCCCACUUCAAUGUCACACUUUUAGACUGGAUCAAUGUGCAGGAUCGUCCCAACGACGUGGAGUCUGUUGUCAGGAAAUGCUUCGAUUCCAUCAAUAGGCUUGAUCCGCGGAUCAUUCAACCUUUCCUGGGAGACAGUCGUGACACAAUUGCCAAACUGGAUAAUCAAAACAUGAAAGCCAUCAAAGGGCUGGAGGACAGGCUGUAUGCGCUCGACCAGAUGAUUGCCAGCUGCAAGAAGCUGGUCAACGAACAAAAAGAACUUGCUCAGGGAUUUUUAGCAAAUCAGAAGCGUGCUGAAAACCUGAAGGAUACAUCUGUUCUGCCCGACUUGUGUCUGAGUCACACCAACCAGCUGAUGAUCAUGCUUAACAACCACCGCAAGCUGCUGGACAUCAAAAAGAAGUGCACCACCGCCAAACAAGAACUAGCAAACAACCUCCAAGUCCGACUCAAAUGGUGCUGCUACGUGAUGCUUCACGCAGACCAGGAUGGCGAGAAGCUCCAGGCUCUGUUUCGGCUCCUCACGGAACUCAUGGAAAGGGUGCGGGUGGUGGAAGCCCUCAGCACUGUGCCCCAGAUGUACUGCUUGGCGGUGGUGGAAGUCGUUAGAAGGAAGAUGUUCAUGCGACACUACAGAGAGUGGGCCUAUGCACUGGUGAAAGAUGGCAAACAGCUGUAUGAGGCUGAGAAGUUCAAAAGGGAGACCUUUGGGAAACUCUUCAGAAAGUCCUUCCUCAGAAAUCGCCUGUUUCGAGGGCUAGACGCGUGGCCUCCAACAUCAUUUUGUACACGGAAACCUCGAAGAUUUGACGAUGAGCUUCCAGACAUCUCCCUUGACGACUUGCAGUACUUGAAAUCUUGUUGUCCUGUGGAGGUGCAGCCUUUCCUCAUGGUCCCGACAAUGUGUGACUUUGAGCCCUUGAAUCGGCAUGUGGAGAAGCUACAUUUGCUGGUCCAAGCAGCACAGAGUUUGGAUGAGAUGUCUCAAACUAUGACUGACCUGCUAAGUGAACAAAGGGCGUCCUGUAGUCAUAGUGCGCAGAGGUCAACUUUUUGGACGCCUCAUUCUGCAGAGGGUCGGGCCGGGCCCUCCACAGCUACGCAGUCCAAAACCCCCUCCUCUCUCAACCUUAAAGGACCCAGCUGUCAGCCACCCCAUGUUCCUGCCCCAGGCCCCUUAGAGGACCUUUCUCCAGACAGCAUCGAUGCACAAACAUUUGACUUUGAAACCAUCGGCCACCCCAACAUGCAGCCUGGCUCCCUUGACCUGGAUUCCCUGGCAGAGAGCCCCGAGUCUGACUUCAUGUCUGCCGUCAACGAGUUUGUGAUCGAAGAGAGCCUGAAAUCCCCGAACCCCAUCAGUGACCCCGCGAGCCCCGAAAUGAUGGUGGAAUCCUUGUAUUCCUCAGUUAUCAAUGCCAUCGACAACAAGCGCAUGCAAGACACCACAACGCUCGAGAGGGAGAACUCUACGAUCACGGUUCUCCAUCAUGUUAUUGACCGCUAUCGAUUGGCUGCGGAGGAGUCUCAUUCCAAUUUGAGGUGCGUGAAGGAUGACCUGUUUUGCCUUCGAAGUCAGGUCUUGAAAGAACAAAAUGACUUUAGCCUUGCCCUGAAGAGUAUGAGCGCAGAUGUUCGCAACAUUGUGGACGACGUUUGCCACACGCUUAAGCUUGAGCUGAAAGAACAACAUCAGAGCGAGAUCGUCGCCAUUCAGCAGGCGUUUGAGAAGCAGAUCCGCUCUCUAAAGGAGGAAAACCUGGACCACCAGAAUAUAGUGCGAGAUGUGCAGCGGGCCAUGCUGGACUUGGAGGGGCUCAUGGAGCGCAAAGAGAAAGAAAUUAUGCAGCUGGAGAGCGACAAGGCACAGUGGCUCAACACAGAGGCAUGCCUGAAAGAGAAUAUGAAGAAGAUGGAACAGCUAAAGAGCGACCAAGCCGCAGAGCUCGAGACCCUCUUGGAUUCCAGAGACUCUCUGAAAAUGCAGCUUGAGAAUCUGCAUUUUGAGAUUGAACGUGGCCAGCAGAAGAUCAGGCAGGAAUUAGAGACUGUCGAGCAGGCGCACUUAAAGGAGUUUGCGGACAGAAUGAUGCAGGAACAUAAGUCACAACUGGACACCCUCACUACGGAUCAUCAGGAGGCUAUGGAACACCUUGCUGCUGAAAAUAGGGCUAAGCUAAAUGAGAUAACAGAACACUACAAUUCGGCUCAAAAAGAGAAGGAUCUUGAAAUAGAAGACCUGAAGGCUAGCAUUGCUGAGCUCACAGAACUGCGAUGCAAAUUGGAGAUGGAUAUUGCACUCAAAGAGACUGUAGCAGAGGAGGUGAGGGCCCUAUUGGAGGACACCAAGAGGCAGCAGACCGAGGCUGUGAAGUCCCAGGUAGCCUCCGAGGUGCAAGUCCUCAAUGAAGAGCUCACAAAGGUCAAACAGGAGCUUCAGGUGAAAAACGAAGAGUACGAGACAGACCGAGCCAAGCUGAAGAGCUUUUUAGAGAUUGAGAAGGACAACUGCAUCUCUGAUCUGGUGGACAGGCAUGAAGAGGAGAUCGCCCUGUUGCGAGGCGAACUCUCUUUCUUGCAGCAUCAGGCACAGGAUACGGACCGGAGCCACGCAGAGCAGCUACAGAACCUUAAACAUGAGCUGGACCACAAAGUGUUGGCUCUAAAUGACGAAAAGGAAGUGCAGAUGUCGAAGUUUCAAGAACUGGAACAGGAGUUAAGGACUGUGAGCAGGAACUUACAGGAAGAAAACAACCUUUUGACAAAGAAACUAGAGGACACAUCCCCAGAUGCAUUGAAAGAGCUGCAGCUGCAAAAGGACAAAAUGAAAAAGAAGCUAUUGGAUAGGAUUAGACAACUUGAAGACGAGUUAAAUGACAGGCAGGUCUCAUCGAGCGAUGCAGGGUUGCCACUGUGCGCUGAUAGUUGCAUGGGUGCACCUCUCUCUCUGGACUCCGCACUACAGGAGCGGCUGCAGCAGGAGAGGGCCUCCCUGCAGACCCAGCUGGAGCUCCUGGAGAGGAGAAAGAAUGAGGAGAUUCAGAACCUCAAGACCUCUUUAAUUGCAGAACAGCAGACUAACUUCAACACAGUUCUGACUCGUGAGAGGCUGAAGAAGGAGCAGGUCAUCAGUGAACUUACAGAGAAGCUGGAAAGCGUCACCCAACAGCAGGAAAAGGACAAAGCUCUGAUAGAGACUCUAUCUGAGGACCGAGCGAGUGUCAUGCAGGAGAAGAAGCAUCUGGAAGAAGAGCUCAAUCGCCUGCGCAGCAUCGCUCUGGUCUCCUCGGCCUUCUUCACUGGCAACCCCUUAGCUCAGGAUAUGGGUGAAGAAGUGGUGGGGGCGUGCGCCUCCGAGCUCCUGGCUGACAGCGACCGACUUGCCUCUGUCGCGGCCUUGAGGGAUGAGGAGCACGUAGACUCAGCAGUGGAGGCUAGCAUGGUGACAGUCCACGACAACAUCCUGAUGUCAGAGGAAAAACAGAGGAUACGCCUACUUGAGAGGACCUUACACAUGAAGGAGGAAGAGAACAAGCGCCUCAGUCAAAGACUGAUGUCUCAAAGUAUGUCGUCUGUGUCUUCUCGGCACUCAGACAAAAUCGCCAUCCGAGAUUUCCAGGUAAGCGAUCUGGUUCUAAUCAUCCUGGAUGAAAGACAUGACAACUACGUCCUCUUCACCGUCGGUCCAACACUUUAUUUUCUGCACUCUGAGUCGCUCACUGCACUGGACCUCAAACCAGCAACAGGGACAACAAGGCGGCCGUGGGUGCUUGGAAAGGUGAUGGAGAAGGAGUAUUGCCAGGCCAAAAAGGCCCAGAACAGGUUCAAGGUUCCUUUAGGAACCAAAUUCUACAGAGUCAAAGCUAUUCCAUGGAACAGAAAAGUAUAAUAUCUGAGUCAUAACAGGCAGAUUGUUUUUUUUGUAUUAUUAUUUUGAAAGAAAAACAACAUUUCUUGAAUAAUGGAAAAAAACGCUACCUGUAGGUCAGCAUCAUUCAAUUUUAUUUUUAAACACUCACCUGAUGCCACUUUUUUGUGUUUUCUUUUAAACCCCAAGUUUGGUUGUGUGGACCAAGUGCUAUUAACAUAAUUAGGGCCCUACCCUAUUUAAUGUGGCAUUAAGCCAUAUGACUUGCGUGUACAAACUGAACAACAUUUGGAUGUUAAGCAUUAGUUUGCAUUAUCAGCAUUUGUCCUUUUGUGGAAAAUACUGUGUCAUAAUCAAGAUAAUUCAAUGGAAAAAAUAUACAGCUACAUUUAUUAUGAUAAAUGUUUAUGGAGGAAUGUUCAUGGCAUGCAUAUUGAUAUGUUUUCUUUGAUUUUACUUAUCCAGAUAAGUGUCGUAGUCGGAAAAUGUAGUUAACGCUGUCUGUUCCUCACGAAGCAGUAAAGGCCCUCUUGUGAAUAACUGACAUGUACAUUAUGGCCGACUGGGGGACAGCAAUCCUCAAAAUGCACUUUGAAAACAAAAAAUAAACACACAAAAUAAGUUUUUUGUUGAUUUGAAAAAGGGAAGUGAUGGUGCUGUCACGUUGCAGCACAAACUUCUCUCGAAUAUCGACAUAUAGAAAGGAACUCUUUGUGACCGUGUUUCAUGAUGCGAUGACAUUGUACAUCACCCAUCCAAAUCUCACAUGUAAUAACAAAAAAAGACUAUUGUAAAAGAUAAGAGUUAAGAGUUUUGAAACAAUAAAGAAUGGA